AUGGACAUCGAGGAUCAAAUACGCCGCCGCCGGCACAGCGCCGGCAGCAGCCUCAAGCACCAGCACCACCGCCGGCAGAGCGCCAUGGACGCGGGCGACGACUCGGCCAACCUCGAGCGCAUGGGCCACAAGCAGGAGCUCACGCGCAAGUUCUCCAUGAUCUCCAUGCUGGGCCUCGCCUUCGCCAUCCUCAACACGUGGACCGCCCUCGCCGCGUCCAUCACCCUCGCGUUGCCCUCGGGCGGCAGCAGCUCCGUCAUCUGGGGCCUCAUCGUCGCGGGCGUCUGCAACCUCUGCCUCGCCGCCUCGCUCGCGGAGUUCCUCUCCGCGUACCCCACCGCCGGCGGGCAGUACCACUGGGCCGCCAUCAUCGCGUGGAAGCCCGCCAGCCGCGCCAUCAGCUACACCACCGGCUGGAUCAACGUGUCUGGCUGGGUGGCCCUGAGCGCGACGGGAGGGCUGUUGGGGAGCACGUUUGUCGUCAACAUCAUUACGCUGUUUAAUGCCGAGUAUGAGGCCAAGCCAUGGCACCAGUUCCUCCUGUAUAUUGGAUUCACUCUCAUUGCCUUUCUCCUCAACACCUUCUUCACGCGCCUGCUGCCGCUGCUCACCAAGGCGGCGUUUUUCUGGUCGAUGGCUGGCUUCGUCAUCAUCAGCAUCACCGUCUUGGCGUGUGCGUCGCCCAACUACCAGAGCGGCGAGUUUGUCUAUGGCCAGUUCAUCAACGAGGUCGGCUGGCCCGACGGACUGGCUUGGAUGCUCGGCCUGCUGCAGGGGGCCUUUGCGUUGACAGGCUUCGACGCGACCGCGCACAUGAUCGAGGAGAUAUCCGAGCCGCAGCGCCAAGGCCCCAAGAUCAUGCUGUACUGCAUCGGCAUCGGCAUGUUCACCGGCUUCAUCUUCCUGUCCUGUCUCCUCUUCUGCGUCAACAACAUCGACGACGUCAUCAAGGCGCCGUACGGGCCCUUGCUCCAGAUAUUCAUGGACGCGACCAAGAACAAGGCCGGGAGCACGUGCCUGCUGAUAUUCCCCCUGAUAUGCAUGGUCUUCACGGCGACGACGCUCAUGGCCACCAGUAGCCGCAUGAGCUACGCCUUUGCGCGCGACCGCGGGAUGCCAUUCAGCCGGGUCUUUGCGCGGGUGCAUCCCGGCCUGGACGUGCCGCUCAAUGCUCUACUCUGGACCGCCGGCUGGGUGCUCGUCUUUGGCUGCAUCUUUUUGGGGUCGUCUAGCACGUUCAACGCCAUCACGUCGGCUUCAGUGGUUGCCCUUGGCGUGACGUAUGCGAUCCCGCCAGCCAUCAAUGUCCUCCGAGGUAGGAGGAUGCUGCCGGAGGACCGGUCGUUCAAGAUUCCUGAGCCAUUCGGAUGGAUUCUGAACAUUGUGGGCAUUCUGUGGACGAUUCUCACAACCGUGCUCUUCGUCUUCCCGCCAGAGAUCCCCGUUACGCCAAACAACAUGAACUACUGCAUCGUCGCGUUUGGAGUGAUUCUCCUCAUCGCGGGCCUGACGUGGAUUUUUGACGGGCGCAAGAAUUACGAGGGUCCCAAGGUGGACGUCCAGGCAUUGAUGAGCGGCAAGGUCGAGGCCAUGGACCCGGUGAAACCCGUCGAGUCCCCCACGAAGCCCGAGGAGGAAAUGGUCGAGAGGAAAAGGACAGAGACGGUGGGAGAAUAA